GGUGUGUGUUUGUGGUGCUUGAUAGUAUACUAGCCCGUACUGGCUGAGACGGUCGGCUUCUCGCGUACAAAACACACAGUAUUCGAAUAAACACAGAGAACUUUUCAGCAGCAGACCGUAUUUUUCUGUUUUUUAUUUUGUUACUAAAUUUCAUUUAAUAUCUUCAUUGUCAAAUUUGCGAUAACACGCAACGCAUUCGCACUCAUUUUAUUUAACAAUUUAAGUGAGACUUAGAUAUGUCAUACUCAACGAAAAACAUUUAUGCAACACUGCCGCGUACACAGCGCGGUCAACCGAUUGUAUUGGGAUCAGAUCCAAAAGGCAAAAAUUUUCUGUACUGCAACGGAAAUUCGGUCAUAAUCCGUAAUAUUGAUAAUCCGGCCAUAGCCGAUAUCUACACCGAACAUUCGUGUGCUGUGAACGUUGCUAAAUAUUCACCAAGUGGAUUUUAUAUUGCUUCGGGCGAUCAAUCGGGCAAGGUACGGAUUUGGGAUACUGUUAAUAAGGAGCAUAUUUUGAAAAAUGAGUUCCAGCCAAUUAGCGGCCCAAUUAAGGAUAUUGCAUGGUCGGCUGAUAAUCAACGUAUGGUGAUCGUUGGUGAGGGGCGUGAACGUUUUGGUCAUGUUUUUAUGACUGAAACUGGUACAUCUGUCGGCGAAAUAAGUGGUCAAUCGAAACCAUUGAAUUCAUGUGAUUUCCGUCCGUCGCGCCCAUUUCGCAUUGCAACCGGUAGCGAAGACAAUACAAUUGCCAUUUUUGAAGGUCCGCCAUUCAAAUUCAAGAUGACAAAACAAGAUCAUGGUCGUUUCGUACAGGCUGUACGUUAUUCACCGAGCGGUCAUUUGCUUGCAUCGGGUGGUUUCGAUGGAAAGGUUUUCUUGUACGAUGGCGCAACAGCCGAAUUGGUUGGCGAAGUUGGAAGUCCAGCUCAUAAGGGUGGUGUAUAUGCUGUAGCAUGGAAACCAGAUGGAACACAACUUCUUACAUGUUCCGGUGAUAAAUCGUGUCGCUUGUGGAACGUUGAAACCAGAGAGCUCAUCACCGAAUUCCCAAUGGGUUCAACGGUCGACGAUCAACAAGUUUCGUGCUUGUGGCAAGGAGAUCAUUUGAUUACCGUAUCACUGUCUGGUUUCAUUACAUACUUGGAUGUAAAUAACCCAGAUAAACCAUUGCGCAUUGUAAAAGGUCAUAAUAAACCGAUCACUGUAUUGGGGUUGAGCGAUGAUCGUAGUACGAUUUAUACAGGCAGUCACGAUGGUGCCAUCACCAGUUGGAAUUCAGGAAAUGGAACUAACGAUCGUAUCGGUGGCAUCGGCCAUGGAAAUCAAAUAAAUGGAAUUUGCUCGGCCGGUGAUGUUAUUUACACUUGUGGCAUCGAUGAUUCAUUGCGUGAAAUAAGCGUUGAAGGUAACACUUACACGGACACCGUUGUUAAAUUAAACUGUCAACCAAGAGGAUUAGAUGUGAUUCGUGAGCAAAAUAUUGUCAUUUUGGCAUGUCAACGCGAUAUUACGGUUGUGAAAGAUAAAAAGAAGUUAUUCUCACUUCCCAUCAAAUACGAAUCAAGCUGUGUGUCAGCAAAUUCUGAGUCAUUGGACGUUGCAGUUGGUGGAGACGAUAGUAAAGUGCAUGUUUAUACAUUGACCGGUGAUCAAUUGAAUGUUAAGGCUGAAUUGGAUCAUUUGGGUGCUAUUACAAAUGUUGCAUAUUCUCCGGAUAAAAAAUUCCUCGCUGCCUGCGAUUCAAAUCGCAAAGUCAUUGUCUACAGCACCGAAGAAUACAAGAUCCCGGCUCACAAACAAGAAUGGGGCUUCCAUAAUGCACGUGUCAAUUGUGUAGCCUGGUCACCAGACUCGAAAAUGGUUGCUAGUGGUUCGCUCGAUACAACCAUCAUAAUUUGGUCAAUGACCAAUCCAUCAAAACAUACCACCAUCAAAAAUGCGCAUCCACAAUCGCAAAUCACCGGUUUGGUUUGGUUGGACAACGAAACACUCAUCAGCACUGGACAAGAUUGUAACACAAAAAUCUGGCAAAUUGAAUCAAUUUAAAUACAGACAUGGUACUGAAGAUGAAAAAAAAAAUCAGUCACAAGUUGCAUUUCAUUUUAAAAAAG